UGAUUAUAUCUUAGCACUCCUUUUUUUUUGCAUGUGCUCUAAGGUCUGAGACUCAUGGGACUCUCUAUUAGGUCUCAGGUCUCUUACAUCAUUGAAGAGUAUCGGAAUGGCCGUACUCCUAAUCCUGAUGUUCUCUGUAAUACAAGAAUAAAAUUUGGUGCAUUCAUGGAUGCUAUCAGUAGUAUGGAUUUCGAUUAUGUAGCCUCAGGACAUUAUGCAAAUGUGAUUCAUCCAUCUGCUGGCGCACUGAAUAAGCAUUCUAUUCUGGAGCUGUCAAGGGAUAUGGUCAAGGAUCAAACUUAUUUCCUGUCGCAUCUUGAUCAGAGUCAGCUUAAACGCCUUAUAUUUCCUCUGGGACAUACAUCAAAGGAUGAGGUCCGUAAACUUGCCAGCAUAUUUGCUCUUCCAAACAAAGAUAGGAAGGAUUCACAAGGGAUUUGUUUCCUUGGAAAAAUAAAAUUCAGUGACUUUGUUGCACGGCAUAUCGGUGAGAAUGAAGGAGUCAUAUUGGAAGCCGAGACAGGAGAUUUUCUUGGGAAGCACCGUGGAUUUUGGUUCUACACAAUUGGUCAACGGCAAGGUCUACGCCUUCCUGGGGGACCAUGGUAUGUUGUUCAGAAGGACACUAAAAACAAUGUUGUGUUUGCGUCAAGAAACUAUUAUUCAGUUGAUAAAAGAAGACGUGUUUUUCGCGUUGGGUCUUUGAAAUGGCUUGGUGGGUUGCCUUCAGACAAUAUGAGUGAGCUGCAGUGCAAGGUUCGGCAUGGUCCUAGCUUUUAUUGCUGCAGUUUGAGAAUAGUAGUUGGUGAAAACUGCGAUGGAGAUGUUGCUGUUGUCCAUCUAUCAGAAGAUGAUCAAGGCUUGGCGGCUGGGCAGUUUGCUGCCUUCUACCAAGGAAAGAUGUGCAUAGGCUCUGGUGUAAUACUCGAGUUUUGGGAUGAUGAAGGUUUUCCAGUGUGUGAGAAGGCUCUUGAAAUCGCUAGAAUGGAAGACAAGUCAAAGCUCGGAAAACCUGUAAAAAUUAAGGUUAAACCAGAGGGUCCUGAUGUGGGUACCAACGAGAACAAUGGAAGUAUCCAUCCUUCAAGUGCGAGUAGUAAACGAGUAGACGCUGAAGAGGAGGUGACUGAUAGUUUAUCGCCUAAUUGGAUGCAACAGGUGAAACAGAAAAUUUUGCAGUUGUUUUAGAUUUUUGCGUAUGUUGUACACUUGUGCUAGAGGAUGAUGCGCGCCAAUUUUGUAAAUGUAGUUCAUCUAUUUGUUUCCUAGAGACAAGUUAGCAGAUCCCACAGGCAGGCAUAUAUUACUCUCACGUAUUGCCAUAUUUGCCAAUGUAUAAUUGUGACCAUCGAUUUUUUCUCAAUAAAAUUUAUGAGAA